GCUGCAGAUCAUGGCUUUUCAGCCAGAACUUUCCAAUGCUGAUUUUGAAAAGCACAAGAAUGGGCUUGAGCAUAAAACAGACUUAAUCCGAAGCAGAGACCUUACUAUUCGCAGAGGACAGCCUUUCACAGUCAAACUACUGUUCCGCUGCAGAGAUACGGAGGAGAAGCUGGAGAACCUGAACAUUAUAGCACAAACAGGCCCGCAUCCUAAAGAGCAAUUACGGACACAGAUCAAGUUUCCAGUAUAUAAGCUAAGAGAUAGCAGAUCAUGGAGUGCAGAGCUAAUCAGCGGAAAUGUCACUUCUUUAGCAAUUUCCUUAUGUACUGCAGCAACAGCGAGCAUUGGGCGCUAUGUACUAUGUCUGGAAGGGACCUAUCGUGGAAGAGCUUUGAGCUUUACAUUGGGAAACAUUCUUCUUUUGUUCAAUCCUUGGUGCCCUGAUGAUGAUGUCUUUCUGGAUGAUGAAGUUCAGAGACAAGAGUAUGUGAUGAAUGAACAUGGCAUUUUGUAUCAAGGAAGUAAAGACUUUAUUCAAAGCCAGCCAUGGAAUUUCGGACAGUUUGAAGAUGGUGUAGGUGAUAUUUGCCUGAAGAUUCUAGAUAUGAGCCCAAAUUUUCUGAAAAAUCCUUCUGAUGAUUGUGCUCGAAGAGGAGAUCCUGUGUACGUCAGUAGAAUUAUUUCAACCAUGAUAAAUUCUAAUGAUGACCUCGGAGUGUUAGAAUCCUGUUGGGAUCAGUUUUUUAGAAAUGGUGCUAACCCAAACACAUGGAACGGGAGUGUAACUAUCCUACGGCUUUGGCACAGAAGCAAUUGUAGGCCUGUUAGAUAUGGACAGUGCUGGGUUUUGGCUGGUGUCAUGUGCACAGUAAUGCGAUUCCUGGGUAUUCCAACCCGUGUAGUAACCAACUUUGAAUCUGCUCAUGAUACCAACUGUUCUCUGACCGUUGAUGAGUAUUACGAUGAAACUGGAAGAAAAAUAGAAUCUGCUGAAACAGACAGUGUCUGGAAUUUCCAUGUGUGGAAUGAAUGUUGGAUGGCAAGGAAGGAUCUUCGCCCAGGAUAUGAUGGUUGGCAGGUUCUGGAUGCCACACCACAGGAGCUCAGUGGAGGUACUUUUUGCUGCGGUCCAGCUCCCGUGAAAGCAGUAAAAGAAGGUGACAUAGAUGUGGACUAUGAUGUUCCAUUUGUGUUUGCUGAAGUCAAUGGGGAUAUUAUUCACUGGAUUAUACAAGAACAUGGAAUGGAAAAAGGGAACAUAGACACACUUUCCAUUGGAAAAUAUAUUAGCACUAAGAGUGUUGGAAGCAAUUCAAGAGAAGACAUAACAGAUCAAUACAAGUAUACUGAAGGUUCUUACCAGGAGAGGGCAGUAUAUGAAAAGGCAGUGAGGAAAAUGAAGAUUCAGAAACCACAAACAGCAAAGGAAUCAGUAGUGGCUCUUGACUUUGAUGUCUCUUUAAAGUUAGCAGAAUCACCUUUGAUUGGUCAGACCAUCUUCAUGUUGUAUCAAAUAAAUAACAAAAGCUAUGAAUCUAAAAGGUAUUCAGUAAAUGUCAGUGCCCAAGCGAUGCAAUAUAAUGGGAAGCCUCUUGAUCAGUUCUGGACGGACGAUUUCAUUAUGGAUGUUAAUGCUAAUAGGGCUGCAGAUGCAAAUUUCCAAAUUUUUUCAUAUCAGUACCAGAGAUAUGUAAGGUCCGGUAACAACAUCAGAGUCACUGUACUAGCAACAGAUUUGGUAACCAAGAAGCUGAAAUUUGCAUCUAAAAACAUCAUAUUUGAUAUGCCGGGCAUAGAAAUUCAAAUUUAUGGAUCCCCAGAACUCAACAAGCCUCUUAGUGUUACGUUGUCUUUUACGAAUCCGUUUAAUGACAUUCUCAGUAAUUGCAUGAUGACAGCAGAAGGUGCGGGCCUGCUUCCCAGUGGACCUAUAACAGUGUACAUGGAUCAGAUAUUCCCUUACCGUUCUGGCUAUGUGAAGAUCUGCUGUGUGCCUGUUAAACAUGGAACCCAACAGCUGGAAGUCAAUUUUUCCUGUGAUAAAAUCAAAUUUGUAAAAGGGAGUGCAUUGAUUGCUGUUCCUUUCUAGCAAGGAAAACACAUGUGGAACUCAAUAUAUUAUUUAUUACUGGAUUUGUGAAAUAAUCCCAGUUAAUAUAAUUAUAUUCAUCAUUCUGUUUGUUUACCAUACUUCUUUCAGGCCUAUUUUAAGGCUUAUUAAAAUUAAUGAUUGCACAAUAAAUUAUGGGACUCACUAAUCAUUAAUGUGAAAA